UUUAACCAAACAAUUGCCUGUGACCACGAAAAAAUUGGUUCCCUGAAGCCCACAGCAUGGGGAACAGUAAAAGCGGAGCCCUAUCUAAAGAAGUUCUCGAUGAUUUAAAGUCAAAUACAAGGUAUUCAGAGGAGGAACUUUGUAAGUGGUAUGAAACUUUUAAGAAGCAGUGUCCAGAUGGCAAGAUUACUCGCCCAGACUUUGAGAAAAUCUACGCCAAUUUUUUUCCAAACUCUGAUCCCAAAACCUACGCAAGUCAUGUUUUCCGCAGUUUCGACACAAAUGAGGAUGGCACGCUGGACUUCCGGGAAUACAUCAUUGCUCUUCACCUCACCUCUUCUGGAAAAACCAGCCUGAAGCUGGAAUGGGCAUUUUCUUUGUUCGAUGUUGACAGGAAUGGUGAAAUUAGCAAAGUUGAAGUACUUGAAAUUAUUGCAGCAAUAUUCAAGAUGAUUCCCCCAGAAGAACAGAAGAAUCUACCCGAAGAUGAAAAUUCACCACAAAAAAGAGCGGAUAAAUUAUGGGCAUACUUUAAAAAGAAGGAACAUGAUAAAAUUGCAGAAGGAGAAUUCAUUCAAGGUGUUAUGGCGAAUGACAACAUCAUGCGGCUUAUCCAGUAUGACCCAAAACCCAAGUCUUGAAAAAAAAUUAAAAAAAAUAACCAUAGACGAAUGUCAAAAGUGAUUACAUGAGGUGUAGAGGUGUUUGUCAUCAGGUUAAUUUUACAGUUAUUAAAGGGCUUCUCUGGGCUUCAGAUAUUGAUAACCUAUCCUCAGGAAAGAUCAUCAAUAUCAGAUCGAUGGGGGGGGUCACUUGACACCCCCACUGAUCAGCUUCCGAGGCACUGGAAACUAUGCAGUAUAUGGUAGUGAAGACAGACAGCUCUAUACACCAUGUAGUGGCUGUGCUGAGUACUGCAGCUAAGCUCCCAUUCAAGUUAGUGGGAGCUGAUUUUCAGUACAAUGGCAAAGGAGCCUUCUGCUUUCGCUCCUUACAUAGUUUCUAAAGGCCACGGCAGCCCAAAACUGGUAAUCAGUGGGGAUGCUGGGGGUCGGACCCCCACCGAUCUG